AUGUGGCGCGCAUGUCGAGCUGUAGCAUUCCACCAGCUGAGAUGCAAGAUUGCUCGAACGCCUGUUGCCAGCGUGCCACAGCACCUGGGCAGCGUCAACUGGUACUUUACGAGUAUCGCCGGCGUCGAUCGUGACUUACUGCUUACUUGUUCGGCCCGCGACGUGUGCGAGAAAUUAGGCAAAUCGAGGACUGGAAGCGUAGCGAAAGCACUUGAGUUAAUGCUGGCCGAAGCCAUUGCUCGCGAGGAUGUGACGAGUGAAGAGAUUAUCGAUCUGUUCACUGCAGCUCAGAAGACACGUGCGGUAUCCGUCAUGCUGAACGCUUUCAACUUUCUCGAGACCAAGUUUCCGUCACACAUCAACUUUGCCGUAUAUGGUGAAGUGUUCCGCAUUAUCGCCCGCAAGAACAACCCCAAGCGCCUCAUCGAGAUUUAUGAGACAUCCAAGCCGCAUUUCAAGGCGGUGCCUGAAAUGAUCUACCGCUUCGGUAUUGUAGGAUAUUUGCAGAACAACGACAUGGAGUCAGCCCUUAAGAUUUGGCAAGAAAUGGCAGAUGCUGGCCAUGAGACGACGAACGAAAUCACGUCACGACUCAUGAUGGCGUAUGCACGCCAUGGUGACGUAGAGAAGGUGCAAGAGCUCUAUGAGUCUGUGGACCCCCAGAUCGGCCAUUGGCACGAAUCGUGCAUUGAUCGCAUCAUCCUCAGCAUGGGCAUCAUCAAACAGCCGGCAAAGUCCUUCGAAUUCUAUAGCAACUCAAGUAUGAAGCUGAACGGUGGUACGUUAAUUGCUCUGCUUAGUGUUUGCAUUAACAACGAUUGCAAGCAACAGGCUUCGGAUAUUUUGGCGAACCGCAAAAAGUUUGAUUUGCGUCUUGAUGCACGUGGUUACAACCGUAUCAUGAUGACACUGGAAUUUCUGGAGCGCAACGACGAGAUUAAGGAUAUUCUGGAGGAGAUGGUCAAAAAAAAUAUUCAGUUCGACACCAAAACGCACCAGAUUAUUGAGCGCAACGCUCAGUUCCUUCAGGAUACAAACUUUGUUGCCAGUCCUAACAAGAGCAGAGCUGCCGGCUAUACCAUAAGCCCGCGCAUUCGUGAAUUGCUUGCACAGGGAAAGUAUAGUGAGGCAGCUGCGUAUGUAGACUCUAUUGUAAAAUCUGUUGAUGAGUCGCAACUGCCCGAAGACUUUGAAGGCGAAAUUCCUAAAGGAGCAUUGAUUGUGAGCUCAAGUGUGGCGAAAGACGUUGUGCAAGCGUAUAUCAAGACGGAGCAAUCUGACAAGGUAGCUGGUGUGGUCAAGGGUUUUUCCUUGGUGCAUGGCAAGUAUGCGCAUGCUUUGGGUGAAGUUUUUACGCACUACACGAAGGAUAGAACGAAGACGGGUGAUGAGCUUAGCUAUGCUGCCAGCAAGGCAAUGCUUUUUCAAGGCAUUCGAAUUUACCGCGUGCAUGACGCGCUGGUGCUUUUCCGUCGCUUUCACGAUUCUGAUGCCGCUCUAGAGCUAUUCAACCAGGUGCUAGCUUCGUAUUGGGGCAAGGAUGGCAGGAAUGCGGACAUCCUUGCUGGGGACGAAGAUGCUAGAAAGCCCCGUUAUGUGACUCUUAACAUCGGCAAGGUCGUUGACUUGGUCAUGCAGACGCUGGCGGAAGAUGGCAGGAUGGCUGAUGCUCUGGAUACCUUAAACAUGAUGGAAAGUCGGGGAGUGCAUGCUGUACAAUCUACUUAUGUCACGAUUCUUAGCUCGAUGCGGAAGUUCUUGCAGAACUCAAAUAAGGAUAUCACGAAUCCAAAAGUGGUGUACGAUAUCUCCAGUUUCCAGAUAGUGUUGGGGGACCUGAAGAACCGUGGUUUGAAAGUAAACAGGGCGAUUGUGGGCUAUUUGUGUCCUGCUUAUAGGGAAGCAAAAACAAAGCAGCAGCGGUUGGAGCUGCUAGAGGCUUUUACUGAGGCUCAGAGUGACCCUAACGAUUGCUACAUCUUGCCGCAUAUGUGUUACGAAACGCUUCUAGCAUUUACAGCAAAGGAGGGUACUGUGUCAGAUCUUGCCGAGGAAGGCAACGUGGAAGAGGCCGAGCAGCUGACGAAGCAGAUGCUUGAAAUGUGUGGUGGCUUCACGCUUCGAGCUGUAGUCUCAGUGCUGAGAGGAGCCUUAGAAGCCCAGAAACUGGAUGUCGUUGACAGUAUGGUGGCGCUUAUGGAAGAACGGGAGUUUAUUAUAAGGCUGUCUGACGCCUACGAGUUGGUGCAUUUGGCCCGACAGAAGGAUCUUGCAGAGAAGGCGCUGGAUAUCAUUCGAAUUUUCGAGAGGGGUAACCUAAAGGAAGUGGCUCCUGCUGCAGAUGGAUCAGGCAACCUGGAAGAAGCCUAUGUUCGUCGCCAGCGCGGCGAUUCGCACGCGUUCCGAAAGGUGAGAACCAUGUACACUGUUGCUCUUAAGGCGUGCGAAAAGGGUGGGCUUUGGAAACAGGCGCUUGUACUGCGUGAUCAGAUGACGACACUAUUGGGAAAGGAGGUCAUGGACGAGAUUGCCACGAGUAUGAGUGCUACAACGAGGCAGCGCAAGGAGAAUAAGCAGUCAAUGAACGAGUAG